GAGAGAGAGAGAGAGAGCGAGCGAGCGCCGGAGGGAGCCAGCUCGCCUCUGACUGUUCUUUCUAAGAAAGGGAGUGACGGGCUGCCAGUGAGGGCACAGGAUGGCUCAGCUGCGUCUGCCCGCUGGACUCCAGAGCCAGGAGCAGCCCUAGGCAACGGCCACUUCGCCAGGCAUGGCCAGGGCCAGGGAGUUCCCUCGUUCGCCCUGAGCGUCCCUUUCUGAAGUUCGCACCGGCGAGACACGGAGCUCCCAUCCCUGCCACAUAUCCCCACUAUGGCUGGAGACUCCAGGAAUGCUAUGAACCAGGAUAUGGAGAUUGGAGUCACGCCCCGGGACUCCAAGAAGAUUCCCAAACAGGCCCGUGAUGAUGUCCCCAUUGCCACAGACCGCACACGCUUGCUGACAGAAGGUAAGAAGCCGAGGCAGCGCUACAUGGAGAAGAGCGGCAAGUGCAAUGUGCACCAUGGCAACGUGCAGGAAACCUACCGCUACCUGAGUGACCUCUUCACCACCCUGGUGGACCUCAAGUGGCGCUUCAACCUGCUCGUCUUCACCAUGGUCUACACCAUCACGUGGCUUUUCUUUGGCUUCAUCUGGUGGCUCAUUGCCUAUAUCCGGGGUGAUCUGGACCACGUGGGUGACCAAGAGUGGAUUCCUUGCGUAGAAAAUCUCAGCGGCUUCGUCUCUGCUUUCCUGUUCUCCAUUGAGACGGAGACAACCAUCGGCUAUGGCUUCCGAGUCAUCACGGAGAAGUGCCCCGAGGGGAUCGUGCUUCUGCUCGUGCAGGCCAUCCUGGGCUCCAUCGUCAACGCCUUCAUGGUGGGCUGCAUGUUUGUCAAGAUCAGCCAGCCGAAGAAGAGAGCAGAGACCCUCAUGUUCUCCAACAACGCCGUCAUCUCCAUGCGCGAUGAGAAGCUCUGCCUCAUGUUCCGUGUGGGUGACCUCCGCAACUCCCACAUCGUAGAAGCUUCCAUCCGGGCCAAACUCAUCAAGUCCCGGCAGACCAAAGAGGGGGAGUUCAUCCCGCUCAACCAGACCGACAUCAACGUGGGCUUCGACACCGGCGACGACCGGCUCUUUCUCGUGUCUCCGCUCAUCAUCUCCCACGAGAUCAAUGAGAAGAGCCCUUUCUGGGAGAUGUCCCGGGCUCAGCUGGACCAGGAGGAGUUUGAGGUCGUCGUGAUUCUAGAGGGGAUGGUGGAGGCAACGGGCAUGACUUGCCAAGCGCGGAGCUCCUACAUGGAUACAGAGGUGCUCUGGGGCCAUCGAUUCACUCCAGUCCUCACCUUAGAAAAGGGCUUCUAUGAGGUGGACUACAAUACCUUCCACGACACCUAUGAGACCAACACACCCACCUGCUGUGCCAAGGACCUGGCCGAGAUGAGGCGGGAGGGCCGGCUCCUGCAGAGCCUCCCCAGUCCCCGCCUGCUGGGGGGGUGUGCUGGGCCUGGGCUAGAUGGAGAGGCUGAGAAAGAUGGAGAUGAUGAGCCUGAUGGCCUCCAUGUCUCCCGGGAUACCAGGGACUCAGUGUGAGGGGGCACACUCCCCAAAGCCUCCCCUCAUGGGUUUUCAGAGCACACCAACACUCCGGAAUGUUGGGUCAAGGAGGAGGAGAUGGCUGGUUGAGCUUUGUAAUGGGUUCAUGGGCUGUCAAGCCUCGGAAGGGGAGAAAGAACCCUCACACCACCCAGCUCAGGACUUCCCUGAGCAGGCAGUCUCUGGUUGGGGCCCGUCCUCUGUCUGGGCUGGCUGGAGGGCAAGCCGGACAGGUUUCCUCUCCUACAAGAGGAGCAAGGCCGCCCCAUCUUCUCUCUCUGUCAACUGGUCCACAGUUGCUUCUUGAAACUUGGAGAGUCCUUCUAGGUCUAACAGUCUCCACCUGAGGCUUCUAGUAGAUUCAGAGAGGAGGGGUUCUCUCCAAUGUGAUGGCAGUGGCUCCAACAGUUGGCCCAGGGUGAGCUCACAGAGCCUGUGUGGCCUGAGGCCCAUACAAGCCCCUCUGAAAUCUGAAGCCUCCAGCCUCCUGCUGAGAACCACACAACAGAGGCCCUGGUCUUCUCCUGUCACCUACCAAGUGAGUGUUUUCCUCCUGUGUGUUCACGUGUCCACUAUCAUCCACCUGAUGAUGCGCCUCAUUAGUGUGAGUCUUCAAGGGGGCCUGCACCCCCGAGCCAAGGGCGAGCUUCCACAGCUGGCUUGUUCCUCUGGGCCCCAACUCUGCAGUGCACUUCUAACCUUUCCUAUAGUUCUUUCGCUGUCUCAGAGCCUGUGGUGUGAACUGGUAGAAAACCCAGUAUCAGAGGGCUAAGUAGAUUCAGUUGGCCCUGAAGCAGGUA